AUAUUAUGUCAAUUUAGAUUACAUUUUCACGUCAAUCUCCCUCUCGUCUACACUCAUCAUAAUUCUUGCAACUAUGUAUGUAUGUACAUGUGUAUACAUACUGUUUAAGUACAAGAACGAGAACUGUGAUAGUAGCAGUUUGUUCAUUUUACACUCGAACAUUUUAUUGUUACAUGACGGAAACUUCACACGUCACCGUGAUGUAAUUCUCAAGACGGUUUUAUUGUGGAAAUUGGUGAUAAGACACCUUUAUUCGCAUAGUCAGUCGCAUUAUAAAUAUUGUUUUGGCAUUUCAGUUACAUUUUAAUUACAAUCAGUGAAAUGGCCGAAUCCACAAAGAGAAAAGUGCAAUAUUUAGCGGGAAUUUGUGCCUCAUUAACAUUUAUGUUUACUGGAGCAACAUUAGCGUGGCCUUCGCCAGCGAUUCCAAAGUUAACAAGCGGCGAAGCGGGCGUAAAAAUUACUGACGAACAGAUAUCAUGGGUGGUGUCGCUUCAUGGGCUGGGUGCGUUGUUAGGUUGUUACGGUGGUCAAUUAUUGAACGAACGUGUUGGACGUCGCAAAACCAUUUUUGUUUCGUCUGCCCCAGGAAUAUUAGGUGCGAUUAUGAUAUUUUUUAGUAAAAUGCCUGUUGUGAUGUACCUUGCACGUUUUCUCAUGGGGGCGUCGACGGGCGUAAUUGCCGUGGUGACAAUGAUAUAUGUAACAGAAAUAGCCGAUAAGGAGAUUCGGGGCGCAUUAGGUAUGAUAAUUCAAGUUAUGAACAACUUCGGAUGUCUUAUCAUAUACAGCGUCGGGCCGUUCGUUUCGUAUACUUUCCUGAAUUCGAUACUAAUUACGAUACCUAUAAUAUACGUAUUAGCGUGUUUGUGGAUACCGGAAUCUCCGUAUUAUCACUUAAAAGACGGGCGAAUAGCUGCAGCAAGAAAGGAGUUUAGAGUUUUAAAAGGAUCCAAAAACGAAAAGUGGAUCGAUGAGCAGUUUAACGUCAUACGAAUACACGUGCAGGAAAAUAUGGAGAGCAAAAGCUCUGUGAAGGAAUUGCUAACCAAUACUAAAUACAGGAAAGCCAUUUAUAUUGUUUUGGGCUUGAAGAUCCUCCAAUAUAUGACCGGUAUUCUCGUUAUACAAUCGUAUCUUGAAGCGAUAUUUACAGAGAGCAGUUCUAUAUCCGGUCCACUUGCGAGCAUUGUCUAUGGAUUUGUGCAAAUCGUCGCAUGUAUUGGCGCUACGUUUCUGACUAGGUGGAUCGGACGCAGGAUUCUCAUGUUCGUUUCUUGCCUUGGCGUGUCACUAUCAAUGACAUUAGUCGGAUUGUAUUUCUAUCUAAAGGACGUUGUGAAAGUGCAGCCGGAAACAUUGGCUUCUUUAUUUCCGGUGCCUCUAAUUGGCAUCAUAGGGUUUAAUAUAUUAUACGCGAACGGCUUAGGGAACUUACCGUACGUGAUGCAAGUAGAAUUGUUUCCUGUAAACGUGAAGGCUGUCGCGUCCAGUCUCGCGACGAUGUUAGCUUGCGUCUUCAGUUUUGUCGUGACGAAAUUCUAUCAGGUCGUCAAAGAUUCGUUCGGUCACUGUUCCGUGUUUUGGUCGUUCGCUUUUGUUGGUUACGCGGGUUUGUUCUUUGUUUAUUUUUGUGUGCCAGAAACGAAAGAUAAAACGCUGGAAGAGGUACAGGAUAAUAUGGAGAAACGCUCGCCUGAAGAACGGGCUUUGAGAGAGCGAAACAUUGAUGAAUGCGAUCACCGUGAAGAAGCUAAAUAGUUGUUUGUGAUUGGUGUAGAUGUAAAUAUUUUUUUCGGGACGUAUGCAAUGUUCUUGUGUUUAAUGCAGACGCGGCCACGUCAUUGCAAUUUUAUAUUAAAAAAAUAUGUUAGUUAAGAAGACAUGUCUUUACCAUAUAAUAUACUAGCUGACCUGGCAAACUUCGUAGUGCCUCGAAUC